AUGCUGGAAGCUAAAGGUGAUCUCGGGUUGAUUGGGCUCGCGGUGAUGGGGCAGAACCUCAUCCUCAACGCCGCCGACCACGGCUACACCGUGGUCGCCUACAACCGUACCGUGGCCAAGGUCGACCACUUCUUGGCCAACGAGGCCAAGGGCAAGCUGAUCUUGGGCGCCCACUCCAUCGAGGACUUGGUCAAGCAGUUGAAGCGUCCUCGCCGGGUGAUGUUGUUGGUUAAGGCCGGUGAACCCGUCGACGACUUCAUCAACCAAUUGCUCCCUUACUUGGACAAGGGUGACAUCAUCAUCGACGGGGGUAACUCGUUCUUCGAAGACACCAACCGCAGAUACGCCGAAUUGAAGGACAAGGGCAUCUUGUUCGUCGGCCUGGGGGUGUCGGGCGGUGAAGAAGGUGCCAGAUACGGGCCCUCGCUCAUGCCCGGUGGCCACCCUGACGCCUGGCCCCACAUCAAGAACAUCUUCCAGGACAUCGCCGCCAAGCUGGACGGCGAGCCCUGCUGCGACUGGGUCGGCGAGGCCGGCGCCGGCCACUACGUGAAGAUGGUCCACAACGGGAUCGAGUACGGUGACAUGCAAUUGAUCUGCGAGGCCUACGACAUCAUGAAGCGCGUGGGCAAGUUCACCGACAAGGAGAUGGGCGACGUUUUCGCCACCUGGAACAAGGGGGUGUUGGACUCGUUCCUCAUCGAAAUCACCCGUGACAUCUUGUACUACAACGACCCCGCCGACGGCAAGCCCCUCGUGGAAAAGAUCUUGGACUCUGCCGGGCAAAAGGGGACCGGUAAGUGGACCGCGAUCAACGCCCUCGACUUGGGGAUGCCCGUUACUCUCAUCGGCGAGGCCGUGUUCUCGCGGUGCUUGUCGGCGCUUAAGGACCUCAGAGUCGACGCCCUGAAGAAGUUGCCCGGCCCCACCAUCCCCGAGCAAUCGCCGAUCAAGCCCGAACAACGUCAACAGUUCAUCGACAACUUGGAACAGGCGUUGUACGCUUCCAAGAUCAUCUCCUACACCCAAGGGUUCAUGUUGAUGCGCCAGGCGGGUAAGGACUACGGCUGGAACCUCAACUUCCCCUCGAUCGCGUUGAUGUGGCGCGGGGGGUGCAUCAUCCGCUCGGUGUUCUUGAAGGACAUCACCGCCGCCUACCGCGAACACCCCGACCUCGAGAACUUGUUGUUCCACCCUUUCUUCAAGGACGCCAUCACCAAGGCUCAAGACGGGUGGAGACAGACCUUGAACCACACCCAGACCUGGGGGAUCCCCGCCCCCGCGUUCUCGACCGCCCUCGCCUUCUACGACGGGUUGAGAUCGGCGCAGUUGCCCGCCAACUUGUUGCAGGCCCAGCGUGACUACUUCGGUGCCCACACCUUCCGCGUGCUCCCCGGGUGCGAGCUGAAGGAGUUGCCCUUGGACCAGCCCAUCCACAUCAACUGGACCGGUAAAGGUGGUAACGUCUCUGCCUCCACCUACAACGCUUAG